GCGUAACGAGGGCCUCUGUUUUCCCCUCAUUGGUCGCUUUUUGGAUUUCCGCCACAUUCAAAUAAACCGAGGCGAGCCUGAUCCGUCGUAGUAGAGCCGUAGAAUAGAGUUAUUGUUAUUAUUGUGGCCGGCAUUAAAAUGGGUGACAUCGGGGAGGCGCGAGCUCCCGUUUCGACUUCAGAGAAACCAAAAACACCACCGAGCUCCGGGACCCUGAAGAGGAGCUUUUCAGCCGAUGAGGAAGCGCCUCCUCUCGAGAACAACAGCAGGAGUCUGAGACGGAAGUGGUCCGGGGGUCAUCAUGUUCCUCUUCCUACCCUGACUUGGCAGGCUCCUUGUCUGAGUUGGAGGACAAGCGGCGAGGCGACACCAUGCUGAGGCUGUGGUCGCUGCGAAGAGGAAGCUCCUUCACCUUCCUCACCCCAGGACCACAGUGGGACUUCAGUCUGAAGCGGAAACGCAGGGAGAAGGAUGACUGCGACGCCGUCAGCCUCUGCAGCUUCGACUUUAAGGAACCCAGCACAAAGCGUGUCCGUCCUCUCGGCAGGGUGACGUCGCUAGCCAACCUCAUCUCUCCGGUGAAGAAUGGGGCCGUGCGGCGCUUCGGCCAAACCAUCCAGGCCUCCUUCCGGGGCGAUGGCAAGUCGCCGAGCGCGCCCCACAAGCCUUGCAGCAAGCCAGCGGCCCCCACGCCGCCCAAAAGGAGGAACAGCAUGCUGUGGUCAGAGACGCUAGACGUCCACCAGAAGGGAACUUUCUCCACUAAAGAGAUCAAGCGGCAGGAGGCCAUAUUUGAGCUCUCUCGUGGAGAACAGGACCUGAUUGAAGACCUCCAGCUCGCACGCAAGGCAUACCAUGACCCAAUGUUGAAGCUCUCCAUUAUGUCAGAGGAGGAGCUCACUCACAUCUUCGGCAACCUGGAUACCUACAUCCCUCUGCACGAGGACCUCCUGGCGCAGCUCGCCAAAGCCACGGGGCCAGAUGGGACCGUGGGCCAGAUCGGACAGAUCGUCGUAAACUGGCUGCCUCGGCUUAACGCCUACAAGGACUACUGCAGCAACCAGCUGGCAGCCAAGGCGCUGCUGGACCAGAAGAAGCAGGACAGGCGGGUGCAGGACUUCCUGCAGCGCUGCAUUGAGUCGCCCUUCAGCAGGAAGUUGGACCUGUGGAGCUUCCUGGACAUCCCGCGUUCCCGCCUGGUCAAGUACCCACUGCUGCUCAAAGAGAUACUGAGACACACUCCAUCAGAGCACCCGGACGCCGCCAGCCUGGAGGAAGCGAUCACCAUCAUGCAGGGUGUGCUGUCCGACAUCAACAUGAAGAAGGGAGAGUCCGAGUGCCGGUACUACAUCGACAAGCUGGAGUAUCUGGACGACAGGCAGAGAGACCCUCUCAUCGAGCAGUGCAAGAGCCUGCUGUGUCACGGCGAGCUCCGUAACAAGAGCGGCACGAAGCUGCAUGUGUUCCUGUUCACCGAGCUGCUGGUCCUGACCCGCCCCGUCACCAGGAACGAGCGCCAGUGUUUCCAGGUUUACCGGCAGCCGAUCCCAGUGCAGGAUCUCGUGUUGGAGGACCUGCAGGACGGAGAUGUCAGAAUGGGCGGCUCCUUCAGGGGCGCUUUCAGCAAUGCGGACAAAGCCAAGAACAUAUUCCGCGUGCGCUCCCCGGACCCGAGCCAGGCGCAGUCCCACACACUGCAGGUCAACGAUGUCUUCCACAAGCAGCAGUGGCUCAACUGCCUCCGCAGCGCCAUUUCCGUCCACCGGCCCCUCAGCGAGCCCUCCACACCCUCUCCGCCGGCAAGCGACGCCCGCUCCAAGCGCCGGCCGUCCUCCGUCUCCGCCAUCGUCCACAUGGAGGAAGCGGAUGAGAACUGCCUGCAGCCGGCCUCUCAGUCCGCCCCCAGCUCGCCGUGCAACAGCCCAAGCCCCACCACAACGUCGACAUUAUCCCGCUCCUCUUCCUCAUCUUUAUCGACGACGUCGUCAUCUUCGUCGUCAUCGUCGUCGCCGCUCUCCUCGCCCACAUCGCACAAAACCAAAAAAGACAAGAAGUCUCUGUGUUCUUUAGGGAAGAGAAAAGAGACGAUGGUGUGAACUGAUGUGGAAGGAGAAAAUGGACUCCUGUUUGGACAUUUAGAUUCUUGUACAUACAUGUGACGUGGAGAAGCUUGGGACUUGUAUUUAUGCGUGUCUGCGUGCGUGCGUAUUACUACAGUGUUCUGUGUUACUGUCCUCUUCGGCAGCUAUUUACCUUACCCCUCCAUCCAAGUGCACCGCACAGAGACCCAGUAUUCUGGAGAGACUUCCCCCAGCUCUAAAAAGGGAAGCGUCAUGAGAAGCAAACGCACCUUUCACACACGGAUCUGUGUGUUGUGAGUGUGUUGAUUUCAUGGCGAUAGAGGCGGUGCAUUAAAUCCUGUUUGCUAUCAAUUUGACAUUUAAGCAUUAUUCUAGACCUUUUUGGGGGGGCUAAUGAAAGUUUUACAUUUUUUAUAUUCCAAAAUUGAUCGUAGUAUAUUUUUUAGGUAUCAUAAAGCAGCACUGUUUUAGCUUUUCGGUGAAGUAAGUUGAAAUUUUCAGCAUGUUUAUCAGGCAAGAAAGGAGGAGAAUCCCCCCAAAGGAUGAGAUGUAAUACACAAAGCUACACAUUUUUCUGUAAAAGUCAGAUUUUUUGGGGGGAUGAAUCAGAAAACACGUCUUAUUUUUAUACAUUCCUUUAAUGACAGAUGUUAGGACCUGGACACUUUUUUAAAAUAUUAUUAUUAUUAUUCACUGCAGGCAUUAAUUUAAAUCCAGUGACAAAUGAGACUUCAGUCUCUCUUUGUUUGGGAAAAAAAGAAACAAUCAAAUCAAUCAGAGAAGAGAUGAGUUUUGUUUUGAAACAGAAUUUUGAACUGAGCCAUGUUGGUUUUGAAAAGGCUGACUUUUCAGAAUGAAACGGAUCACUUUUCAGUGGAGCAUCUUGCAUGGAGCUUUAGUUGUGGACACUGCGUGCACCAGUAGAGGCAGCAGGAUAUAUUUACCGGUUCGAGGGGAAAAGGAUAAAUAAAAAGACCGGUUGAUGGACAUAAGAGAAGUUUGUUGAAGGUUGAUGGAAAUAAGAGAAGUUUGUUGAAGGUUGAUGGAAAUAAGAGAAGUUUGUUGAAGGUUGAUGGAAAUAAGAGAAGUUUGUUGAAAGGAAAAGAGAAAAGAUGGAAAAAGCUGUGUUUUGGAACUGAAAUAGAAUGUCAAAGCAAGAUGUGAAACUCCAUUGACUUCAUGUAUAAGUUGAUGUGAUAUCUUGCGUAAAGAUGGAUGAUAGGUGGCAAAAAUCAAGUGAGUGUAAUCGACAGGAAAAAGUACGUAGGGGAAGGAAGAUAAAAAAAGGUUUUUGGACGUUUGAACAAGAUGAGGAAAAGAAAAGAGCAACUUGCUUGCUUUGAACUGUAUGUAAUUAAAGAACAAUAAAGAUCUGUGUAAGAUUUGCAACUGAA